AUGGGCGACCCGGGGUCCGCGUGCGCCGUGGAGGAGCCGGGGGCGCCGCCGCCCGCGCGGUCCCUGCUGCGGCACGUGCAGGUGGAGAGCCUGGCGGCGGGGCUGGGCGGCGGCCUCGUCUCCACCCUGGUGCUCCACCCGCUCGACCUCGUCAAGAUCCGCUUCGCAGUAAAUGAUGGAUUGGAGCUGAGGCCAAAAUACAAUGGGAUUCUCCACUGUAUGACCACUGUCUGGAAGCAUGAAGGGCUGCGAGGCUUAUAUCAAGGAGUAACUCCAAACAUGGUGGGAGCUGGGGCUUCUUGGGGACUUUACUUUUCUUGUAAUUACAAUGCUAUCAAAGCUUACAAGAAGGAAGGGAAGUUGGAAAGUCUCGGUGCAACCGAACACCUCGUGUCAGCUGCAGAGGCUGGGGCCAUGACUCUCUGUAUUACAAACCCAAUAUGGGUCACGAAGACACGACUUGUGCUGCAGUAUAAUGCUGGUGUUGAUCCAUCAAAGCGGCAGUACAGAGGAAUGUUUGAUGCUCUUAUAAAGAUAUACAAGUCAGAGGGCAUACGUGGCUUAUAUAAGGGAUUUGUGCCUGGUCUGUUUGGAACUUCACAUGGAGCACUGCAGUUCAUGGCAUAUGAGGAUUUGAAACAGAGAUACAACACUUACAGAAACAGAGUGUCAGAUACAAAAUUGAACACUGUGGAAUACAUAAUAAUGGCAGCUCUGUCCAAAAUAUUUGCUGUAUCAGCAACAUAUCCCUAUCAAGUUGUGCGAACUCGUCUUCAAGAUCAGCAUAAUACAUAUUCUGGUGUGUUUGAUGUGAUCCACAGGACGUGGAGGAAAGAAGGAAUUAAUGGAUUUUACAAAGGAAUUAUCCCCAAUGUGAUCAGAGUGACUCCUGCCUGCUGCAUUACCUUUGUCGUUUAUGAAAACGUGUCUGGUUUUUUACUUGGUUUUAAAAAACAAAAUAAUUAAAGGUACAAGCUUGUGUUCAUAAGGAAUCUAUUUUUUUAUAUUUAUGAUUUGGGACUCACAGAGUCUUUUUUGACACUGUGAAUUGACCUAGGUUUUGAGGAAAGAACCUGGAGAUGCUAAAGCCUUCCCAACAUCUCUUUUGCUGAAUGUUCCUGCAUUGCUGCCUUCCUCUCAAUCAGCUGUGUCUGCUUGAAAGAGCUGUUUCUGCAACUGUGUAAUAAUAGCACUGUGACUGGGUGAAGGCAGCUGUGCAGCAAUCCAGUUCAUCCUGGCCUGCCUGGGAUAAAAGACUAAUCAGUACUGACAAGUCUUGAGGUAACAGUUGGUCAGAUUCUGCUCCUACAGAAGUCAAAAAUUUCAUAUAAAAGAAACUCCUGGGGUAGGUCAAAACUUUCAUAAAUCUUGAUCCGAGUCUCAUGAAGAAAAUAUGUAUGUAGGCAUUUACAGGAAUGUCUUCUGUAUCCACCUCUGUGUUAUUUGUCAGAUUUUAGCAUAUGGAACGCUUUAAAUUCCAUUACUCAUCCAACACAAAAAUGCUGCUUUGGUGGGGUGCAGUUUGGAGACUCAAAUUGUUUUGUAAAACAGCUCUUCAGUCUUGGGUUUGAAUAAUUUCCAAUCUGAUGAAACCCAGUUCUUGUUUCAUACCAGGACAGACUUGCACUGUGGUUUUUGGCUUGCUUUUAGCACUAGAUCAAAGUGUAUGUUGUGUGCAUUGCUGGCCACUGACUUAAUUUAUAUUCUCUCUCUUCCUUUGCCUGCACCCCCACUGUCUCUGCAGGAGAUUCUGUCUCCAUUACUGAUACAUCUGACCAAGUAUUACUAAGUAAAUGCAUAUUUGAAAGUAGGCUUACAUUUUUAAAAAGUGGGUUUUUUCCUCAUAAUCCCAUAGUGAUACACUUUUCAAACUAACAAAUAUGACCAUGCUAAUUUUCAAUAGUAUUCUCUCUAAAAUAAAUAAUCCAUAAGUAAUCUAAAAAAUAUUGUGCAUAGGAGUUUAUUUUUAAAAAAACGAACCAACCCACUAAUGUUUCCUGAUUUGGUCUAAAGAAAGGACUGUAAAGAAAGGACAAAUAUCAUUUGCUAACUUAGUAAUAAACUAAAGUACAGUACAUCUCAAAUUUGAAUAAUAAUGCUAUUUAUUUGCAUGACACUUAUUACUAUAAAGGAUAUGUACUUUUGGAGAUAUGGGUUUGUUUUAUAUUUUAAGUUCUUCUUUAAGAAAAUACAUUAGUGGCCUUAACAUCUGCUUUUUGCUGUUAUAAGAAGGUAUUAAGUAUCUAGAAAGUUUAAUUUAACUGAGGUGGAAAUAAAUUAGGAAAGAUUAUUCAACAGGUAAUGGGGGUUUCAUGACAUAAACAGGUAAUCAGUUUCAUAAGGAGUGGAGAAUACAAUCCGGCCAAACACCUGAAUAACCACGUCAAGAAGUUUUUUAUAUAACAAAAGACUAACCAAAAAGGUAAAUAUUUUUAAUGAAUUUUAAAUAAAAUCUUAACAGACUAGGGAAUUGAUUUCAAUUUUAAGUUAAAAUCUGGAAGACUACAGAAACUGUAUUUUAAAUUUUCACUGAGCAGUCCACUUCCUUGUUUCUGUUGAUUCUGUUGCUACAUACCAUAUUUUGUGUAUACUUAAAAUUUAACAAUUUGAACUUUCUCCUCUACAGUCCCAUCCUAUGCACUGAUACAGCUGACAGUCUCAUCAGAAAAGGUCUUGUGGCUGUUACAGCUAGCUUUGGUUUUUUCAUUGUAAAAGUUUCUAUGUGUUGAAAAUCAAUUUUACUGAAAGUUGACCAUGCAAAUUUCUGUCCAGAUCUCUAACAGCUACGAACUUCUUUUGCCUCUGGAGUGUGUUGACUUGGUUUUGUGUGUUUUCUAGUAUGCAGAAUGAAAUUAGUGGAACAGGUUUAACUCUGCCACCCAUGGUCCAAAAAAUAUUGUGAAGACACAUGAAUAAAUCAUGAGAAUAAAAGUUGUGCACUAAC